AUGUCGAACCAAGUCCGCACUCUCUCGCCUUCGACCGGAAAAGUCCUCUUUGAGCACCCUGGCGCCACUAUCGAACAAGUCACUCAGAUCGCCCAGGCCUCCGAAGAUGCGUUCCGCAGCUACAGGGAACUAUCCCUCGACCAACGGAAAGCUAUCGUCGUCAAGGCCCUGGAGGUCAUAGACGCGAACAAGGAGACCCUUGCGCAAGAACUGUCCUCGCAGAUGGGACGCCCGAUCUCAUACACUGCUGGUGAAAUUGAUACGAUGCGCAAGCGAGCCAACUACCUUCUCGAUCAGGCAGAGGAAGCUCUCAAGACUAUUCCGGGGCAAGAGGAGGAUGGUUUCAAGAGAUUCGUUAAGAAGGGACCAGUUGGUCCGGUGCUCCUUGCAACUGCGUGGAACUACCCCUACCUGAUCACCAUCAACGCUCUUGUCCCCGCACUCCUAGCCGGAAACACCGUGAUCCUCCGUCCAUCUCCUCAGACCCCGCUAUUUGGCGAUCGCCUCCUCGAAUACUUUGAACAGGCUGGUCUUCCCAAGAACGUUCUGCAGGUGGUGCAUCUGGGUGCGUGGGAGGUUCUCGAUGAGAUCGUCAAGAUCCCUCAGAUUAAGCUCGUUUCUUUCGUUGGCUCUACGCAGGGUGGUAUUCGUCUCCGUCAGGCGACCGCUGGCCGAAUUCUACCAUUGAACUUGGAACUUGGUGGCAACGACCCGGCCUACGUUCGCCCUGAUGCGGACCUCAAGUACACUGCCGCGCAGGUUGUUGAUGGCGCAGUCUUUAACUCCGGCCAGAGCUGUUGCUCUAUCGAGCGAAUCUACGUGCACGCAGAUGUGCACGACGCUUUCGUCGCCGAGGUUCAGAAGGAGCUGGCAACCUACAAACUCGGCGAUCCUCUCGACAAGGCCACUACUACGGGUCCGGUAAUCUCCCACCAAGCGGUCAAGAACAUUCAGUCACACAUUGACGACGCCCUGUCUCGUGGUGCUGUCGACUCGACGCCCAAGAACUCUACCUUCGAGAGCCUGCCAACUGAAGGAAGCUUUAUCGCUCCCCGAGUCCUCACUAACGUAUCGCAAGAUAUGCGCGUCAUGCGCGAGGAAACGUUCGGCCCGGUCGUCCCUAUCAUGAAAGUUCAGAGCGACGACGAGGCAGUAGCACUUAUGAACGACAGCGACUACGGCCUGACUGCUAGCGUCUGGACCAAGGACAUCAAGGCUGGCGAAGACUUGAUCGAGCGCAUCGAGGCAGGAACCGUCUUCAUCAACCGAUGCGACUAUCCCGCUCCGGACCUCGCCUGGGUUGGCUGGAAGAACUCUGGCCUGGGCUGCUCUCUCGGUCCUCAGGCCUUCGACGCAUUCUACAAGCUAAAGAGCUACCACAUUCGCACGACUCACGGCUAG